AUGUUCCUGAUUGCGCAACGCAAGAAAAAGAAAGAAUUGCCACCAACGCUGCCACCCGUACUCUUGGAGUCUUCGAAAGCCAACUUCCAACCGACAUCGCCCACCACCACAAUCGAUUCAAUCGAGAAAGCGAAAUCGCACCAUGGUGGAAAGUAUGACUUUGAUUUAGAUGAAAUCGUUUCAAAUACAACACCGAUCGUUGGUGCAACAACACCCGUAUCAAUGACAUCACCAACAAAUGAAAAUGAUUUCCAACAACAACAACAACAACAACAACAACAACAACAACAACAACAACAACAACAACAACAACAACAACAACAACAACAACAACAACAGCAACAACAAGUAAUUCAACAGCAACCAAUUCAACAACAACAACCGAUUCAACAACAACAACAACCAAUUUUAUCACCUCCACCACAACCACAAUUACAUCAUCAACAUUCAUUUAAAUUUGAUCAAGGAUAUCAGCAAGCUAUGGCACCACCAUCACAAAUUCAAGCUAAUCUUCAAUCACCAACUCAAUCUUUUGGUCAAACUCAUACUAAAGAAUCAAUAGAAAAAGUUAGACAACAAACUGUGGAGCGAGAGAAAUCAUUGGCAGAGUUACAGAAGCAAUUCAUUGAGGAAUCGGCUAUCUCUAUUGAGUUGAAUAAACAGCUGCAAGCAGAUACAAAGGUGCUUGAGGAUAUUGUUGUUGAGAUUAGAGAGCACGAGGAGAGGCUUGCUGUUCAGAGGCAGACUAUCAUCGAGAUCAAAGAGAAGAUAUCGUCGACACGUGUCGAUAUCAAAUCGUACAAGUCACAGUUGGAACAGGUCACUAAGCUGCUACAGGAGAAAUCCGAGCAGUACGACGAUGAGAAUGAAACACUCUUGCUGCUACAGGGAGAUCUCACCGACAAGCAGUCGGAGCUGGAAAAGUACACCCAGGAGAUCGCCACUCUAAAGUUGGCGAUCGAGUCUGUCAAGUCACAGAAACCCGAGAAAAAGAAUGAGAUUCAACAGACUAACCGAGCGAUCAACGAUGCCAAAGCCGAAGUGAAGCGACUGAACGAAGAGUUUAAACAACUGAAAGUACAACAAUCAGCUAUUAAUCAGUCAUCCGAUAGCAACUUUUCCAACAAUAGUGGUAGUAGUACAAAGGAUACAGGUGUUGUUGUGGCUCCUGCUGCUGCUACUACUACAACAACUACAACUUCAUUCAACUCUCCACCUACAACAACAGCAUUCGAUGAUGGUUGGUCACUCUUUAACACAACAAACGUUGUCACUGCUACACCACCAGCAACAGAAUCACCAAUUUCAAAUGCACCUGUAACUACAGCUACACAAACUGAAUCCAGUAGUAGUAAUAACAAUAGUCCUUUUGCCACAAAGACUGUUGUUUCACCAACAACAUCAACAACUACAACAACGACGACGACAUCUUCUAAUACAGAACCUACUCCAGCAGCAGCAGCAGCAACAAACAACUUUUUCUCAAAUGACAACUUCUUUGAUGAUAGCAAAUUUGUUAAUUUCAAUGAUAAUCAAUUCUCUUCAUUUGGAUCUGCAGAGAAGAAUCAUUUGUUUAAUGUGGUUGGUGAUGACAAUAGUUCGAGUUCACACAAAGCAGAUGCUGGAUCGGACUUGUCAUUCAACGACAGUUCAAAUCUAUUUGGAAACAGUACAUUUGGUGAACCAAGUGGUUUCGAUACUUUUGAAUCUUUCCAAUCUGCCAAAGAUCCAUUUACCACUUCCAUUUCAAACACUUCAUUCUCAACACGUGAAUCAUUUAUUGUACAACAACAACCAAACAACAGAGCAUCCACCAAUGUAUCAACUAAUAACAAUUUCUUUACUACCACUACUACAUCACCAACAACAACAACAACAACUUCCACAACAAACAAUGAUAAUAAUAAUAAGCCAGUUGAAUUUGGCAACAAUGUAUUUAAUGAAGACGAAAGUUUUACAAGCAAUAACGACUCAAAAGAAGAAGAACAACAACAACAACAACAAAAUGUACAAAUGGGAUUUGAAGAUUCAUUCGAUGAUACAUUCUCAAGUAUUCAAUCAAGCACUAGCAUCAAGGUAGACGCUGGAGAAACACCAUUCAAUACACCAUCAAACUCUGUUAAUGCCGAUGAUCUCUUUGGUUCGACACCAUUCGGAGUGACCACCAAAACAACGAUGGACUCUGUUGAUAACAAUAGUAACUUGUUCUUUGACAACAAUGCAUCAUUCUCUUCAAAUUUCGAUGAUUCUCCAUUCACCAACAAUUAA